CGUCUCAAUUUCAUUAUGUCUCUUUUGACGACGAAGUAACUUUGGAUACGUUAUUUGCACAGUAAGCUGAGUUGUUAAAACGAUUCAUCCUUUUUCGAUGGUAUCGCAUGUUCGUGAUAUAUUUAAAGAUCGUAAUAGGGUUUCGAUGAAAAAAAAUUGUAUGAAAGUGAAUAAAGAUAGGAUAAUUAUUACUAGUACAAUUUUCGAAAGAAAAUAUCACUUAAGAAUGUAAAGAUUUUUUUUAAAGGUCGGUAUGAUGAAAUAAUGCAUUCAAUACAAUUUACAACAAAUUUUAUUAAUCGUGACUGUGUUUUUCUUCGAUAUUACAUUGUAUCAUUGAAAGUUUGGUUGAAAAGCAAAGAAAACAACUAAAAAAUUAUAAUGUAUAUAUGAUAUAUUUAUAUUAGGGCUUCACGAUAUUCGAUAAAAAUAUCGAUAUCGUAUCGUUAUCGUAUCGAAUACGAGACGAUAUCAAUACGAUACUUAUAUAUUACGAUAUCAAGAUCAAUACGAUAUUUUCAUUAACAAAAUGUGUCGAUAAUAUUGUAUCGUCGAUAAUAAUUACUCGAUAAUAUCGUAAAUAUUGAUAUCGACUUUUUCUGCAAUGCAAACUUAUUCGACGCAUUUGAGAAGCAACCGAUCAUAGGAAAUUUGUAUGUCCAAAAAUAAUAACAACACAGUUUACCGCUAGAGUAGUCGCCGUGACCUUCUACAUGAAAUUUAUAUAUGUACGUAUGUUGUCAGUUGUAUAAUGUGCGACUGCAUUACGCUCUCUCUCUCUCAACGUUCAUUUGUUUUUUCGUGUUCGGACUUGUAAUCCGCACUAACAGCAGAACUAUGCUGCUGCUUAAGGAGAUCCGCACUAACAGCAGAACUAUGCUGCUGCUCGUUCCAACAUCGUCGUCGUUUUUUCGCGUUUGAACUUGCACCUAAGCAGAACUACACUACUGUUUAAUUAGACUACAGCAGUCGCUGCUGUUUCGUGUAAGAUAACGUAUUGUGUGUUGUUUCGUGAAAUAAUUCAUAUAAAAAUUAUAAAAACAUUUUAAAACAUGACAAACUGCCCUAUAUGUGUUAAUGGACAUGAGCCAUCUCAGCACUCAUGUAUUAUAUGCAGUAAAUUUGUGCAUUUACACGAACAGUGUUCAAAAUCAGUUGAUGGCGAAGAAGAAGGUUCGAGUGAAAAAAGAAUCUGCCUAGAAUGUGAUCUUCGUAACGUAGAAAUUUUUACUUCUAAUUGCUUCGAAUCCGAGAAAACUGCUGUCGUUGAAAAAAAUGAAAAGCAGACAGUGCAACAAGACGAUGACAAACAAUCGUUAAAGGACUUUUUUCAUUAUGAAAAAGUCGAAGAUAUGAAGCAUGGUUUUUGCUUGAUUUGCGGAAAAGAUGAAAGUGGUAAUUAUAAAACAAAAAUACCAAUGAAAGCGAGCAACACAACUGGAUUGAAAUCACAUCUUCAGCACCAUCACAGAAAGCAAUAUGAAAAACUAUUCCCUCUUGAAACAUCAAGAAAAAAAUCAUCCAAUACGAAACUACAAUCAACUUUGGAUAGAUUUUCAAUAGUGAGUAACUUUAAUAAUUUAAUUUGUAUACAUUCAUUAAUCACGUGCGAUCGAGUAUAUAGAGCUAUGGCCAUACUUGAUCACAGUCGUGCAAGAAAGAACUUGUUAUUGUACAGUUUGCUCGGCACUUUUGCAAUGCUGAAGAGAUAAUCGGCUUAGCGAGAAAAUAAGUUUUUCAUUGAUUAAUCAAAUUGAUGUAAUCUUAUACUUUUUUUGUGAAUAAACCAUAGAGUAAUAUAAUUUCUAUUAUUUUUUUGCACAAGAAUACUAUUUUUAAUGAAAUAUUUUUUAGGUCUCUGAGAAUAAAUGUACUACUGAACGGCGAAUAGUAACAUGGCUAUGUUUCAAGAACUUACCCAAAAGUUUUUUCGAUGACCGGGAAACACAAAAUUUUUUUGCUUUCUUCAAUAAAAAUAUUCCAGUACCCAGUAAAAAUCAAGCAAAUAUUAUGAUCAAAGAGGAAUUUGAGAAAAUGCAAAAAAAUGUUAAAAAUUUAUUAGAAAAAAAUAAAUCUAAAUUUGCAUUCACAAUCGAUGCCUGGUCUGGAAAAACCAGGAAAUCGUACUAUGGAGUGACUGUUCAUUACAUAGACAAAAAUUGGACUUUAAACUCGUUUGCUAUUGAUUUUAGUCCAUCUAAAGGAAAACAUUCCGGUUUAGAUAUUGCACACACCUUUUAUGAAAUUGCUAAAUUUUAUAAUAUCCAUGAUAAAAUAGCUGGC